AGCGGCAGGCACCAGUGAGGCUACACCAAAUACAUCCAUCCUGAGCUGACAGGGGGGGACAUCACAGGCUUUCUACCCCAGAGAGAAGCUGCUGUUUGGGGCUGAGGUUUGCUCAUAAAACAGCCCAGUACCAUGGUCCUGCCUCCCGGCCUUCACAGCAGCACGGGAGUCUUAAGGAACAUCUCUUUGCACAGAAACACUGCUGGAUUACUGCGUUACAGGACACAGCUUUGGGAGCCUGUACAUGCGAGUGGAGGAGAAACAUUUUGUGAGUGAUUGUCAAAGAGCGUGAAAUCACACACAUGCUGUCCUGAGGCGUUUGUCCGUUUUUCUUUUUUGGUUAGCGGAUAUCUGAGCUGUUAAGUGGAACUUAUUUUCCAAAAGGUCCCCUCGGUUUCCACUCAACGGUUGUUUAAGUUGCUGGACAAGCUGGUCCGUUUGUAGUCGGCGUGUCAGUAGCCGCCCCGGUGGCCCUGCCUGGUCGGGGGUUACGCGUCUCGUCCCCCACCAUGAUGAUCAAGGAGGCGUCGUUACGUGGAGACCCUGAUCUGAGAGGGGAGCUGGCCUUUCUGGCCAAGGGGUGUGACUUUGUCCUCCCCUCUCGCUUCAAGAAGAGACUAAAGUCCUUCCAGCAGCAACAGGUCCAGGCCAAACCGGAGAAGAAGCCAGGCACACCUCCACCGGCUCCGGCCCUGGGCAGAGAACACGGCCCCCCUCGUUUCCAUGCCUCUUUUGACACUCUCUUAUCCCAGGUGAUCCAGCGGAUAUUCUACGUGGUGAACCGUUCGUGGACGGGUCGUAUGACCAUGAUGGAGCUGCGCAGGAGUAACUUCCUGCAGACCUUGGCCCUGCUGGAGGAGGAGGACGACAUCAACCAGAUCACAGACUACUUCUCCUACGAACACUUCUACGUUAUCUACUGCAAGUUCUGGGAGCUGGACACUGACCAUGACCUCUACAUCGACCCCAAAGACCUGGCCAGAUACAACGAACACACAUCCUCAAACAGAAUCAUUGAAAGAUUGUUUUCGGGGGCAGUUACUCGGGGUAACGCUGUGCAGAGGGAAGGCAGGAUGAGCUACGCUGAGUUCGUCUGGUUCCUCAUGUCGGAAGAAGACAAGAAAAAUCCCACCAGUAUAGAGUACUGGUACCGCUGCAUGGAUGUGGAUGGCGAUGGUGUUCUGUCCAUGUUUGAGUUGGAGUAUUUCUAUGAGGAACAGUGUGAGAGGAUGGAGAGGAUGGGCAUCGAACCGCUGCCCUUCCAGGAUUUGCUGUGCCAGAUGCUCGACCUGGUCAAACCUGAGAGUUCAGGUAAGAUAACCCUUGGUGACUUGAAGCGCUGUCGGAUGGCCCACAUAUUCUUCGACACCUUCUUCAACCUGGAGAAAUACCUGGACCACGAACAAAGAGACCCAUUUGCUGUGCAAAAGGACGUUGAUAGUGAAGGUCCAGAGCCAUCGGAUUGGGACAAAUAUGCCUCAGAAGAGUAUGAGAUCCUGGUGGCAGAGGAGAAUGCAAACGAGCAGCUUCACGAAGGGUCUUUUGAUGAUGACUAUGAGUCCGAGGAGCUUCAAGUCUCAGGAGAGAUCGGGAAUAAAAUGGAAAAACUGGUCAUUUCCGACCUGUCAGCAUAAAACUCUUCCCUGGAUUCUUGGGUAUUUUUCCUGGAAAAAAAUGGAUUGAAGGUCCCUUCAGAGUGGAGCACCAAAAGAAGCAUGGACAUAAAGACAGAGGGAAACAUCUGUCUCUCGAUGACUCUGGAGCCUCCUCAGAGCGGACUCAUCGUUUUUCGUGUGUUUGUGUGUGACCGUAAACCAGUACUGUUCUGUGUCUGGUGCAAUAUCACUUCUGUAUUUAUACAGAGAACUGUUUCACUGCCUCGUGCUCUUUGAUCCGUCCGAGAGAACAAAGCGAAAGAUGGUGGGGAGAAAUGUACUAUAAGCUCUUAAAGUAAUCAAGACAAAUAAUCUCUGUGUACUUAUAAUGUAAAUGUGAAUUUUUAUACAGACAAUCCUGCCAAAAGACAAUCAUCUGAAGGUAGACAGACAGAGACCUAGUUACACAAACAGUGUCCUAGUUAUAGGAUAAAUAUGGAGACAGAAAUGGACAAUUAUUGUGAUAGGAACUGAAAAAGAGCAGUCAUCUGCUCAAUAAUGACACAUCCAGACAGACACUGCCAUCAGUAACCUGCUGCCCGCACAGCAUGUCACUGUGCUCCUUGUUAAAGGAAGUUGUUAAACCUCCAGUCCCUUCAGGGAGGAAUCAUGUAUUGCUGAUUGUAACAGCACCUCUCUGUGGCCAGUCUGUGUCACUGCAGGACAUCACAGUCACUCGGUGCAUAAUGGCUGGCCAAUUUUUCCAAGAGAGGGAGUUCAGUUUACUGCACAGCCUGAGCUGCUCUAUUAUUAGUGCAGCACUAUAAGCGCUCCACCUCUGGACUCCCUUUGCAAUUAUUUUUAAACCCUAGAAAAAAAGUGUCUGACCACAGUCAGGCCACAGUGAGACAUAUGCACAUAAAAUGAUGCGUGUUGACAAACAUAUCAAACUCUCUGGUAGAGUUUCCCACACAUUUCCACCUGUAACCUUUGCAAUAAUGCAAUAGCAUAGGAGAUGUGAGCUGUUCCUGUCACUCAUGCAAUUAUUCAGCACACAGUUUUUUUCUCCCUUCCUUGUUGAUUAUGUACAGUACCUGGUUAUUACGUUGAUCUGUUUCUGAAAUUGAUGCCAACAUUUUUAUUUGUUCCGCUUAAACAUCUCUUUGUCAUGAAACGUUUGAUAAUGAAACUUUUUUUACACACCACUGCCUUUUUAAAGGGACACGUCCCCCAAACAAUGGCUAUUCUCACACCUUAGGUAUUAUAGCCUGCAGAUAGUUUUGGUUUGAUUUGCAAAAGUGUUAGGAAUCUUUGCGAUUUCACCUCAACCAUAUUGCAGUGCAAAUAAGGGGAAUUUAGUUAUAUUUAAGCUUCUUCAUUUUUCUAGGCUUUUUGCAACAGCGUCCUUUUUUAAUUGGUAUUGUAUUUGCAGAAAUCUCAGAGAUGGAUACAUUACAAUUCAAUAAAAUCAGAACUGUUCACAUACAUAGAUAUACUUAGUUAAAUGUAGCUUUUUAAUUUGAAUAAAACGACCCUUUAUCUCUAUCACUCCCAGAGACAGCUGCAUGUGAACACUGCCCUUACUGUAAUAGCUAGCAGUGUGUGCUCUCGGAAAUCAUGAUACAGGGGUGUGUUCUAGGAGCGUGUGAUGUGUAGCUCUCAGUUUUCGGGCUGAUAAUACGUCAUAGUUGUUGCCAUUGGAUGUGGUUCCCAGGGUCAGAGUGUGUGUGCACGCUAGCAUAACUCUUUAAUUAGGAAAGGGACAGCUUUGGUCCCCAAUGGCUUCAAAUUCACUGCCAUAUACCUCCUUCACAGACAUUUACUGUACACACACACACACACACACACACACACACACACACACACACACACUUUAGUUGCUAUCAAAAGGGAGAACGCGAGUGGAUGCUGUAAGGACCUUAAGUUGACCCUUUAUGUUCUAUUGCCAUUGUAAAUGUGCCUGACUGUGUAUUAAAUAUAUUAUUAUAAUAAUAACUAAUGAUAAGCCAUUAUAGAUAUAACGGCUGCAAUUUGUUGUUGUAUUUUGAUGGUUUGUAUUGCUGUGCCACUGUGUGGCUCGGGAUAAGGGGGGUAAAUUAUGAUGGAUGGAUGUAUGUAUGUUUGUGUGUUCGAUGCACGGUGGAUAUCAUCAGAAGAAAAUGAGGAUUUGACAAUCACAACAUAUGAGACACAUCUCACGUGGAGACCUCUGGGACUGAUGCUUUUUCUCGCUGUGGCGACACACACACACUCACACACUCCCAGGGAGACCAGCUGAUGGAGACAGUGUUUGAGAAGAACUGUUGAAGGCAUUGGGACUCCGAUUGUGUCAUGAUGCAGCAUCAAGCCGGGAGAAAAGCCAUGCAAAACUUUUACUUUGAAAUUAAAUCUCUACUUUGAUCUGUAGACGGAAGACUUUUAUUUUGAUGUACUUCCUCUGUGCAGAGGAGACUUUAGUAGGCUGAGACGUGUUCAAAUACUGAUGAUUAUUGUAUUGGCAUGGCUUUCUUUCUUUCUUUCUUUUGUUCUUUUGUUCUUUUUUCCUUACCAACGCCCUUCUCUUCUUUCCCUUUUCUUUGCCCAGCGCUGUCAUUUGUUGCUUUUUUUGAAGUUUAAAAGUUUAAAUAAAAAUAUGUUU